UCCGAUACUGACUUCCCGUCCCUCGUCAGCAAGUACAAGGCCCUACGAUUGUCGGCUCUGCAACAGACGCCAAACGCAUUCUCGUCAACAUACGAGGCCGAGUCCAAGUUACCCGACCAUGACUGGAUGGCUAGACUAAGAAACCAAUCCAAAGACACCUUCGUUGUAGUCGACUCUGAUGGCGAGUGGGUAGCACAAGUGACCGUCUAUGGUCCCGUCUCAGCAGAAGCCUACACCCUCCCUCCCGAAGCCGGCCAACCUCCCAUAGCACCUGACGAAGACGAGGAGAAGUGGCAGAUGCUCAGUCUCUACGUCCUCCCGUCCCACAGGGGCAAGGGCGUAGCAAAGCUGCUCUGUCGAGAG